CCUUUGAGCCUGACGUUUUCCAGAAACAGGCCAUUCUCCACUUGGAGAAGCACGAUUCUGUCUUUGUCGCCGCCCACACCUCGGCCGGGAAGACAGUGGUGGCCGAGUACGCCAUCGCGCUCUCUCAGAAGCACAUGACACGCACCAUAUAUACUUCCCCCAUCAAAGCUCUUUCCAACCAGAAAUUCCGGGAUUUCAAAAACACCUUUGGGGACGUGGGGUUGUUGACCGGGGAUGUUCAGCUUCAUCCAGAUGCCUCGUGUCUCAUCAUGACGACGGAGAUCCUCCGGUCAAUGCUCUAUAAUGGCUCGGAUGUUCUCAGAGACUUGGAGUGGGUAAUCUUUGAUGAGGUCCAUUACAUUAAUGACUCUGAGCGUGGUGUGGUCUGGGAGGAAGUCCUCAUCAUGUUGCCAGACCACGUUAACAUCAUCCUGCUCAGUGCCACGGUCCCCAACACCCUGGAGUUUGCUGACUGGAUUGGGUGAG